AUGGAGGAAGCUCAACGCCUCGUGGGUGUGCGCGAGCUGGAUCUCGCCAACUAUGGGCCAGUCUCUGUGGUGGACAGAAUCAAUGUUGUGCAAGGCUUGAGAACUAGUGCGGCCUUCUUCACAUUCCUACGAGCAAAUCUUGCGCUCAGUGCAACCUCGCCAGCAUCGCCCGUAUCCUCCCACGCACCAACGCCAUACCUCGAGCCCUAUUCUCAUCACCAGUUUCCCAUCCCACCGUCUCCCUCGCCUCUCAGCUCCUCGACUUCCUUUUCAGACUCGCACUCCUACACUGGCGCCGAUGCCUCAGCUCCUCUCGACCCUCUCGAAGAUGUCCCUCCUCUGUCCCUGGAGCCGCUGCUCACCCACGAUGACAAAGUCGCUGGCCUGAAUCUCAUUGCUGAUUCUAUUGCGCAGAUGAAACAGCGGGCUGCUCAGUCCGUGGUCUUUCACCCUCUGUGCAUGAGCUUCCUGUUCAUUGCAUGGGUCGGCAUCUACCGCUGGUCCUAUGUCCCCUCAACCGAGGAUCCCAGCAUGGCUCUCCUGCUCUCCUGCGGUGUAACCAUGACGUAUCUCACUGCGAUACGCUACUUCACAGACGGCUACGUAAAAUUGGCUGAGGACCUGCGUUGGUCAUGGGACGAGGGGCCCGGUAGCAUCGAAGGCGAUCUUCUCAUUGGCGCACGCUACGGCGGCGCCUUGAUUGGAGUACUGGUUCUUAGGCUGGAACCUCGCUUUUCCUCCAUAUCAUCUGGGAGCGGCAGGCGCAGGAUCAGGAGCAGGAGCGUGAGCUUCCGGGGAGGCAAAGGUAUCAUCCGAGCGUGGACUACACGCCUCCGGUACCGUGGCAAGGGUAUCGGCCGAGACCUCCUCGAUGGCGCCAUCCGCAUUGUCAAGGACCGCUGCGGGAAGGAUGCCGAGGUGGGAUUUGCGCAAGAGCAUGCUAACAGCACCAUGCUACUGCCGGCCAUGUUCAACGGUGCGUUUCGUCGAGAUGAGGUGCGUGCGGCCAAGGCGCUGGAGAAGGCGCUGGAGGACUGGGAGUCGAGCAAGAGAAAGAAGUGGUAA